AUGGCAGGCCUUGGGCUGGAGCUGUAUUACUCGUUAGACAUUGAAGAGAACCCUAGUACGGCUACCCGUAGCGACCUACCUGUUCAGCACUUAUUCGCUGAAGAUCCUGUCAACGAAGACCUCCUAUUCGCCGAGGAUCCCGCAGCUCUCCGUAUUACCCUACCGCUUCUACCCCUCGAUCGGCGAUAUGAUACACUAGAGGAAGGGGUUAAGGCUAUCAACGAGCUUGGCUUGGAGUAUAGCUACGCGGUGGUUAAACGGAGAAGCAAGAAGACAAAGGGUUAA